GGACUGUGGCUUUAUUCUUUGUAUACUAUGUUCAUAAAAUCAAUGUAUGACUUCACUACUGAAAAUGAAAAGACAAAAUCAAAGCUCUGUGGUUGAAUUCAUUCUCUUGGGCUUUUCUAACUUUCCUGAGCUCCAGGGGCAGCUCUUUGGGGUUUUCCUGAUUAUCUACCUGGUGACCCUGAUGGGAAAUGCCAUCAUUACAGUCAUCAUCUCCCUGGACCACAGCCUCCACGUUCCCAUGUACCUGUUUCUCCUGAACUUAUCUGUGGUGGACCUGAGUUUCAGUGCAGUCAUUAUGCCUGAAAUGCUGGUGGUCCUCUCUACUGAGAAAACCAUGAUUUCUUUUGUGGGCUGUUUUGCACAGAUGUAUUUCAUCCUUCUUUUUGGUGGGGCUGAAUGUUUUCUCCUGGGAGCAAUGGCUUAUGACCGAUUUGCUGCAAUUUGCCAUCCUCUCAACUACCCAAUGAUUAUGAAUAAAAGAGUUUUUAUGAAAUUAGUUGUAUUUUCAUGGGCCUUAGGUUUUAUGUUAGGUACUGUACAAACAUCAUGGGUAUCUAGUUUUCCCUUUUGUGGCCUUAAUGAAAUCAACCACAUAUCUUGUGAAACCCCAGCAGUGUUAGAACUUGCAUGUGCAGACACGUUUUUGUUUGAAAUCUAUGCAUUCACAGGCACCUUUUUGAUUAUUUUGGUUCCUUUCUUGUUGAUCCUCUUGUCUUACAUUCGAGUCCUGUUUGCCAUCCUGAAGAUGCCCUCAACUAUUGGGAGACAAAAGGCCUUUUCCACCUGUGCCUCUCACCUCACAUCUGUGACCCUCUUCUAUGGCACAGCCAGUAUGACUUAUUUACAACCCAAAUCCGGCUACUCACCAGAAACCAAGAAACUGAUGUCACUGUCAUACUCACUUCUGACACCUCUGCUGAAUCCGCUUAUCUACAGCUUGCGAAAUAGUGAGAUGAAGAGGGCUUUGAUGAAGUUAUGGCGAAGGCGAGUGGUUUUACACACGGUCUGA